AUGAGCGAGCUGGCCGGCGCAGGAUGGGCAGCACUGGUGGCUGCGGAUGAGGAGGACGAGAAGGCUGUGGGCUCCUCUUCCUGCACCGUGGGGCUGCCACCCGACAUGCGCAUCCACACCCAGACUGAGUACAUCCACUGCCUGGUUCCCGACUUGCUGCCCUGCUACUGGGGCGUGAUUGACCCCUACAAAGUGGGGGCACUGCUAGACGGGAAGCCCGAGGGGACUUUCUUGCUGCGCAUUCCUUUCCGUCACACACACACACGAUACAGAUAUAGAUAUAGAUAUAGAUGA